AUGUGGUCUCAGCUUUUGGGGUUUGUUUUAUUUGUUGCCAAUAUCCACACAACUGUUAGCGAUGGCGUGUUGGGUUGUGGAGGUUUCGUUAAAUCAGACGUAGAGAUUAAUUUUUCAUUAGUGGAGAUGAAGUUGUACACUGUUCAAGGGAGUAUCAAAUAUCAAACAGACUGUGCACCAAACAAUGGCUACUACCUUAUUCCUCUUUAUGACAAAGGGGAUUUUGUCUUGCAAGUUGAACCUCCACCUGGUUGGAGUUUUGAACCAGAAUUAGUUCGAUUACACAUUGAUGGUACUACAGACAAAUGCAGCUUAGGAGAAGACAUCAACUUUCAAUUCAAAGGAUUCUCCAUUCAAGGAAUGGUUUUGAGUAAAGGUCAAAAGAAGGGACCUGGUGGGGUGCAUUUGUCAUUGAUGGCUGUUGGUAGUGAUGAAGUGUUACAGACAACAACAUCUGUAGAAAAUCAAAAUUAUCAUUUCAAGAAAGUCAUGCCAGGGGAUUAUAUCAUCAAGGCUUAUCAUGACACAUGGAAGUUUGAACGGCCUGAGGCCACUGUAACUGUGACACUGGACAAUGGAAUUGUUGCGAAUGACAUUGUUGUAGCUGGAUAUGAUGUCAGUGGACGUGUGUUCAGUGAAGGUGAACCAAUUAAAGGUGUCCAUUUUCUUCUUUAUUCUGAAACUGUAAAACCUCAGGAUGUUACAUUGUGUGAUACUUCUCCGGUGAAAGGAUUAAAAACUGUUGAUGCCUCAAUCUGCCAUGUGUCAUCUCGGGAAGAUGGUAUCUUCUCUUUCCCCUCCCUGUCACCAGGCGAAUACCAUUUGGUUCCGUUUUACAAAGGUGAACACAUUACUUUUGAUGUUGUUCCUGAAAAGAUUACCUUCCAUGUUGAGCACAACUCUAUCCAUUUACCUAAAGAAUUCCAGGUGGCAGGUUUUUCAGUAAGCGGGCUUGUUGUUGAUUCAGUGAAGGGUCAUGGCAUUGCUGGUGCUCAAAUAUUUGUUGGUGGCAAGCAGAUGGCAAUAUCUGACUCAGAUGGUUCCUACCAUCUUGAGAAUAUGAAGACUGGAAAAUACAAUAUUCAGGUGAUGUCAGAUAAAAUCUUUUUUGAAGAAGUCUCUCUCAAAAUAACUCCAAAUACUCCACAACUACCUGAUAUUGUAGCAUCCAGAUUCAGUGUGUGUGGAAAAGUAAAUAUUGAUGAAAUUCCCAAAGGACUUGACCGAACUGCUCUCCAACGCAAAGUGAAUGUAUUUACUGAAGGACAUGCUGUAAAAGUGAUGAUUCUUGAUACAGACAUGCAAGGAGAAUUCUGUGCUGCAUUUAAACCUGGAAAAUAUGUUUUCCAGGUUGUUCUUAGCUCUCAAGAAUUAAAGGCUGGUCUAUACUUGUCCCCAGAAGCACAACUUGUCACAAUCGCCAACAAACCAGUUUUGGAUGUCACCUUUUCACAGUUCAGGGCAAAAGUGUCUGGCUUUAUUACAUGCAUUGAGAAUUGUGGAGCCCUGGGUCUUUCACUUGACCCUAUUGGCAUGAUAGGAGAAGACAAAAAAGUUAUCAUGCUUAAGGAUUCUCUAAAGAAAGCAAGUUUUGAAUUUGAGAACAUUCUGCCCGGAAAAUAUAAAGUGACUCCACUUCAAGACAACUGGUGCUGGAAAGAGAAAUCUAAGGAAAUUGAGAUUACUGACAAAGAUGUAAUGGGUUUGGAAUUUACCCAAACAGGUUAUAUCCUCAAGUGUGGAUUGUCUCAUGAAAUUACUCUGAAUUUUGCCCAUGAGAACAAACAAGGCAGUGUGGGUUCGUUUGCUUUGAAGAAAGGCACCAAUAGGUUCUGUCUCUCCCAGCCAGGCGUCUAUCGUCUUACCACUGACUCUUGCCAUAGAUUUGAGAAGGAUGUUUAUACAUACGAUACCUCCAAUCCUGUUGUAUUAAGCCUGACAGCUGUUAAACACAAAGUCACUGGGGUUAUCAAUACUGAAGUUCCAGCUGAAAACCUUCUAGUCUCCAUCAAAUCUCCAUUGAUGAAGUCUCCAAUCACUCUUGAACCAACUGCAGAAAAGAAGGCUGUUGAUUCAACAAAAGAUUCAAAAGAAAAUGUUGAUCCUGAACCAGUUGCCAAAAAUCUGAAAUAUUAUUUCUCCUAUUGGGCAAAAAGCAACGAGCGACUUGAAAUUAAGGUUUUAUCAGAACAAUUGUUGUUUUCACCAAAUCAAGUUGAUGUUACAGUGCAUGGAGAGAGUUGUCCAGGAGAAUUAGCCCAUUUUACUGGCAAAGUUGGUAUUUUUAUCACUGGGAAAAUAGAACCAUCAUUGUCUGGUGUCCAAGUCACAGUCUCUAGUCCUGAUAACGCUGCUAUGGAACCAGUUACUUUGGAGACCGAUGAGAAUGGAGUCUAUCGUCUUGGACCUCUUCACAGUGAUAAAAAGUACAAUGUAGAAGCAGCCAAAGUGGGGUUUGUUCUUACCAAAGACCCUAAUAAUCCAAUGAAUUUUAAGGCUCUCAAACUGGGAGAAAUUGCUGUUCAGGUUGUUGAUGAAUCUGAUCAGUCUUUGUCCAAUGUGUUGCUUUCCCUGAGUGGUGAUCGUCAAUACCGAAGCAAUAACCUUACCAAGAAUGGAGACAUGGUUUUCUCAUCCCUGAGUCCAGGCCAAUAUUUUUUGCGUCCCAUGAUGAAAGAAUAUCGCUUUUGA